ACGAGCGAGCGAGCGAGCGAAGCUAGUAGCACUCGAGCGUUCGCACGCGUUGGAACGUACGUUCGAUCGGAUUUUCUUUCACCCGCUUAUUCGCGAUACCAAUCCGGAAAUCGAUCCGAUCAACUGGAACGAUCCGUCGCCGGGAGAGAGAGAGAGAGAGAGAAAGAAGGAGAGAAAAAUUGGAAGGAAGGGAGAAACCAGUUAGCUGCGCCGUUGCGAUCGAAGGACAACGAUGAUCGACAGUGCCGAAGUCUCGUGUGCAAUGCGGCCCGCCGGAAGUUAGCACAUGCCAGGAUCAUUUCUGCAGAGGAGGAAAGCAAAGAGGAUAUCCAACAACAAGUACCACGUGAAUUUAACGUCCUCGAAGUGGCAGUCACACAGAAUUCCAGCAUGAAGGAGUCGAAAAAGGACUGGCUCUUUAGAGUCCAGGUAUCUCACCUGGAGAAAAAUGAAGUCGUUUACGUGGUUGGAAACCUGCCCGAAUUGGGGGCCUGGAAUCACAACCAGGCUAUCUUGAUGUCGCAGGAGCACAGCAGUCGGAGGGAGUCUCCUAUAGUGUUCGAUAACAGUAAUAGCAGCGGUGAAUUUUAUAUUGAGGACGGGCAGGACAAUGCAGCCGACAGCACGUUUGAUGAUGAAAAAGAAGAGGAUGGACGAGUAUUCUCGCAAAAGGUUGCCCUUCCCGUCGAUGCUGAUAUCGAGUUUCGAUAUUUUAUAGCGGUCGUGUGCCAAUCAAACGGCGCUAAAAAUUCAGCCAAGACUCUGAUUAUCCGCAAAUGGGAAACUCACAUGGUACCACGGUUAAUCAGAAAAAAUGUACCGAGCAAUUUUGCCGAAGAUAUGUUGCCAGAUCCCGACAAAUUCGGUUUCUACAAUGGUUACUACAAAAUCGAGCGAGGCUGGUUGACAGAUGAAACUGUGAUACAAUUUAAGAUUUUUAACAAUCCUAUUAAACUCUGGAAGAACCGACUGCAGAACAGAAAAGUUCACAUUAAGAUGACACCUGUAAAUCUAGUUAGGCAUAAUUCUCUAGAACUGCAACAAUUUGGAGGCGACUGUGUAGACGAUAGUCUUUCUAUGGAUACGCAGGAUAUUGUUGAUCAACCCGCUUUUACCAGUAUUACGGAAAUUGCUGUGAUGAAUGACGAAGAGGCUAGGUUCAAAUUCCAGGAGCAAUUUGGUCGUCCAUACAAUGAAGACGAAUUUGUAAUCUUCGACGUUGCCGUUCGUUAUCCUGAAAUGAUCGCAUACUUAGUGGACUACUACGUGUACAGCUCAAGGUGUUUCCCAGGAGAACCACCGACUCACAUCGGUUUUAGCUACAUCUUGCCGAGUACUUUACAGUCUAGCGUCGGGCUUCUGACCGUACCAAUCACUAGUACAAAACAUAGACCUAUUGGACAAUUGACGAUAGAGUAUGUUGUUAUAAAACCAAUCCCGGACUACCCAUGGGACAUGAGCAUUUCGUACGCGAAGCAUUGGGAGCAACGGUGGUCAGGCUUAGACGUAGGACACCGAGGACUUGGCACUUCCUUUAAGUUUGAAACGAAAAACUGUGCUAAUGUGCGGGAAAAUACGAUCGCGUCUCUGAAGACCGCAGCUUAUCAUGGCGCGGACAUGGUCGAGUUCGAUGUCCAGCUUUCGAAGGAUCACAUUCCUGUGAUCUACCACGACUUCUACGUAUCCAUUUCGCUGAAGCGUAAGAAGCAGAUAGAGGCUAUGGACAUGCUGGAGAUACCCGUUAAAGAUCUCACUUUAGAGCAGCUGCAUCUACUCAAGGAUUAUUGUUACCCGGGAGACUCGUUGGGUAAGGUGCUCUAUUUCGUUGAUAAAGCUGAGCAGGGGGUUAACAGACUGGUUUAUCACGUGGCCGAAGCCCGAGAGAAAAAUCCGAGAUUCUUCGAUGAGGAUUUGGAGGACCAUCAGCCCUUCCCCACGCUGCAAAAUGUGCUCCAGGAGCUGGAGCAACACGUCGGAUGCAACAUCGAGAUUAAAUGGACCAUGCAGUUGAAGGACGGCACGUUCGAGCUCAAUCACCCAUUCGACCUCAACUUGUACCUAGACAUCAUCCUGAAAGUGGUAUUAGAGUACGGUGGUGAUCGGAAAAUCGUGUUCUCCUCAUUCAAUCCGGAUAUCUGUGCAAUGAUUCGCCUUAAGCAGAACAAAUAUCCGGUAGUAUUCCUGACGCAAGGCAUCACGCUGAAAUAUCCCACUUAUCACGAUCCGCGCUGCCAAACGGUGCCGAUGGCCAUGAGACAAGCGUUGGCUGCGGACAUCCUGGGAAUUAACGUCCACACCGAAGACCUCCUUCGGGAUCCGUCUCAGGUUAAGCUGGUCAAAGACGCGGGGCUGAUCAUCUUCUGCUGGGGCGACGACAACAACGACAAGGCUACCAUCCAACAUCUGAAGCAACUGGGUUUGCACGCGGUUAUAUACGAUAAAAUCGACGAGUAUAACGCGAAAGAAGUGAAAGAGAGUAUAUUCCUCGUGGACGCCAGGGAAAAUCAGAAGGAGUUGAUAGCCUUGGCGCAGUGCAAUCAAACAGCCGUACAACCGCAGAUGCCUGCUCCACUCAACGCAGAGAAGGAAUUUUACCUGGGUCAACCGUCGACGGCCACGUCGCAUGGGAAGAACGGUAUUGGUGGUGACGGCAUAUAUUCUGUGCCGGCGUUAAAAUUAUCGGCCAAUUGCGAGCGACAGGAGAGUAUAGAGAUCAGCGAGAUGACCAAAGACUUUAGCGUGUGUGCGAACACGUUCGGUCAUUCGAUGAAGACGAAGAGCAUGCCCGGCCUGGUAUGCGGACAACCGACUGCGCUGCCGGAGAUUUACGGAGAGGACGAAGCCGCCAAGGAUUGCCUUUGAUGCUUCUCUUUCAAGAAGCCCUUCUUCUCGUGGUUCUGAUCGGGGUGUAUCAGCAAGAGGGAUCCUACGCGACGCGACGACGACGAGGAGAUCUUUUUGUAACUUAUCAUUCGCGCUACAUUUCUAGCUGAUAGUAUUACCGAGGAUUCGUCUCUACUUCUGAGAUCUGUGAGACACGCAGACACCGUAUUUGUAUGUGUGUGUGUGUAUGUGUGUGUAAAUAAUUCGGGAGCGGAACGAUCGAGCGUUGCUCUGCGUUGGAUCUUGAGGACUUGACGAAAGAGCUCACCGAGAUCUCCGUGUUUGAAUGUCAAGCGUGCGAUAUAUUCCCCAGAGAGAACAUCAAGACGUCCCGAGACGUUUGAAACAUUGCCAAAGGACGUUGAAACAAUAAGACGUCUGAUAAAUGGAUGUUUCUGAAGUCUUUGCGCUUUUCUUCUUUCACACGUUAGACGAAACAUUCCGAGAUGAACGAUCACAUCUGACGAUGAAUAUUAGACUAAGCGAAGCUAUACGGAUCUUGGUGAGCGCUAUUCCUGCAAGUCGAAUCUUGACGUUGAUUGUUGAUACUUCAAGGUAUCGAUAUAAGACGUGACGAUGCGCGGAGAAAAAUCAGCCGAAUUUCACUAUUCUUCGCGCGUACCAUUCCUCCGAUCGGUCCGUUUUUCUGCGCAUUUUUGCGCAGCACGUGUCGGAAAGAGUAUGUGUAGCCGGGAUACUCGUGAAAGGGAAACAAUUGAGUCAAUUUUGUUCGUUGUCCAACGAGAGAACGGUCUGGAGGUCCUGAAACGUGUGCUGGUCGAUUUAAGCAAGACGAUUACUUACGUUUCAAGUUUCAUUCGUCCGAAUCUUUUCAACAAUUCUUAAUCGAAAUAUUGAAAAGCAGGAAAAUUCGAGAAAAUUCUAGAUCAACGAUAGUUUUAAGCUUCAGUAGAUCGAAACUGUACAAAUGGACGGAGGUUGCAGUUGCUUCCGAAUGUCCAGAGAUUUCAAUUCGAGCGUUCGCUAAUAGGAUCAUGUACGAAUGAUGAUCCGGCAGUCCGAAGAUUCAGUUAUUCGCGAUUCAAUGAUCCAAGCUGUUUGAAAGAGCAGAAAGAUAGUAGAAAUCUAUCUUUUCCGAGAAUACGGUCCCAAUGUUAUUUAAUAGUCAGUCGAUCGAAACAGCCAGAUCGCGCGUUCUCCAUUAGCAAAGAUCGAAGAUUGACAAUUCGGUCAGCAAGCUACUGGCAUACAGCUAUUUCUAUUCAUCCUAUAUACUACGUAGUAACUUUUUAACGAGGACCUUCUCAGUACUAAUGAAUCCGGCGCAGUCUAGAUAGAGGACGAUCCUAACUCCCGCGACGAGUCCUGCUCGCGACAGAGACCGACGCGCGGGAGUUGUGUUUUUAGUACAAAAGUGUCUUCAGGUAUAUAUAUUUGGAUCAGGAAGAAACAUUCGCUCCUCCUGUACCUCUUCCGCCGCCGAUUCGAAAUGUUAUAUUAUACAAAAACGAGGGAAGAAAAAGGGGGGUUUUACAUGAAGCAAAAAGUAAGCAGAGGUAGAUGAUGAAGAAGAAGAAGAAGUGCAGAUCGCUUGUACUCGGAGAGCAAACGAUGCCAUUAGUUGAUACACACUUUUACACACGAGCUGUCAAAUGAAAGAUCGCGCGAAGGCGAGAGCGAGUGUUCGCGCCUCGAAUUGCCUUUUGACAGCUGUACCUCAAGUUUUAAUAAGAUCGUAAGGUAGACUAUUUUUCGUAGUCGCAUAGGAGAAAUAUUUCAUAUUCAUUUAUUUAUAUCGCCCAUCCACGGGACAUUGUCCAACGCGCGUUAUUCGACGAACGAGAAAGAGAAGGAUCGAAGGAAAUAAAGGAAAAAUCGUUGAGAGGAAAAAAAAUAACAAAAGAACACUGAGAUACCACGUAUCAUCAUGCAUCUUUUUUUUUAUUCUGUUUUCCGUCGCGCGCGCACACACACACACACACAUACACACAUGUAUACACCGAUGUGACGCGUCGAUGCGUGGUUUCGCUCAUUUUAAGUAGUCUUGCGACGAAUAAUCUGCAACCUCUCCACGGACCGACGACUCGACGGACGUCUCGAAGGACUCGUCGUGGAACGUUUCAGCCUUGCACGUAUACACGUGUACACGUGAGGUCGAAACCGUUACAAUUGGAGUCAUUAGUAGGUUUCCCAGAUGCAGAUCAUUUACUUCUUUUUCCUUGGGGAGAGGGGGGGGGGUGGGCUAGCAAACCCUUCAACCGAUAGCUUUGUCCAUUCUUAACUCUUGUGAUGCGAACGAGACCGCACCGUCCGCUUCUCGACUUUUGAUAUCACGAUACAACUCGCGUCAUGUCGUAUUAAGGAUAGGAAAAGAGGCAGGAUUAAUCGAUUCUACCCACGGAGAUAAGUGGAGAGCCAACACUUUGCGCUCGGAAUGCACUUUGGUCAUCACGGUGUCGAAUGUUAAAAGGUCCAACGGUCAGAUCGUCGUGGAAUAUACGUUUGUACGGGAAGCUACUGAGAAGAUUUAUUAUUCAACAUAUUUAUACGGGUCUACCGUUCGACGAGACAUUAGGGGAGCUGAUGAGACUAUUGCUGGGUUUUAUUGGACAAUUGGAAUUGAAUUAUCACUAACAAUAACUGACGAUGAAGAGAAAUCAAGUCACACUUGAGGAGACCUGGACAACUCGACGAGACGAAUGUGGAUGACGAAUUUUGAACGAAUAUUCUUGAAGGGAUUAGAAAAAGUUGGAGAGAGAGAAAGAGAGAGAUAAGAAUAUAUUACUUGUUUCCUCAAUAUUAUUACGUAAUAAUGAUAAUAUUAUAUAAUACAUUAGUAUUAUAUUAUAUAAUACAUUAGUAUUGUCGGUGUGACGGUUAUGAUAAUUUAUCGAUAAAAUCUCUACUGCUAAUAUUACACGCGCUAUUGUUAUACAAUAUUAUUAUAGUGUAUAGUGAUAGUACUUGAAGUUGACGCUUCGCAGCGCAAAGGGUUGAUCUACCGGCUGAAGGGUUGAAGGAAAUAAACACAUUUUACACCUGAUAACAUACGUAGCGGCAGGCUCUGUCCCAUGUAACACGAAAGUUAAUGUUAACGUUGUUGCAACGCAAAAUUGCAGCAAUGUUAUUGUAAGCUUCUGUGCUAUACGGGAUUAAUGCCGUCCCAUUCCCUGAACAUAAUGGUAUUGCAAAUUGCCAAUCGCAAGAAUUGUUUACGCAUCAUGACUGUUGAUAAUUUGAUGAAUCGGCAACGAUUCUCCAAAGCAGCAAUCAUUGUGCACAAAUAUUAAAAAAUAACACGCCAAAUCUUUUUGGAAGUUUUCACUGUUACUGUGUCUAGGGAAGUGGGACAGCGUUAAGUCUGACGUCUCAGAUAGUGCAAAAUUCCGAAAGACGGUCGUGGAGACGUCCAAGAGAUAUUCUAAAUUCCUUAGACGUCUCUACGACGUCUUUACGAUCGUCUUCCGAACAUUUCUGCUGUCUGAGGUACAAGCGGCACGCGAGUAUCUUUUAGAGAUUUUUCACCAGAGAAGGUAAUGUGUAUCGCAUUGGUAGAAGAGAAUAAAAGCUACACGGCUACAGAGCGAUUGUAUCAAUCGUUAAGACUCUGGAAAUGUACAGUACAUUUGUUGAUUGACGGUCAAUGGCAAAUAUAUCAUCUGUACGUUACUGUGAGAUUAACGCCGCUGCGCUAUGCGGUGGUGGUUUACUUAUUCUCUUGUUUUCUCGUUUCUUUUAUUGCCUUGGUCUUAUCUUCGCAGUGUAUUAACGAUAGUACGAUAUUAACACUGAUAGGCGUUCGAAAUGCAAAGGGUUAAACUUUAGGAGAGGCUAUCGAGCUUCGAUAUUAUUAUUAUUAUUGUAUUAUUAUGAAUUUUCCUUUAUUAUUAUGAAUUCGUUCGCGCGGUGUGUUUCGAGAUGAUGAUGAAUUUGCAGUUUCACAUAAUGGCGAUUUGUAGUGAUGUAAUAGGAGAUUCAAUGUAUCGGCUUUAGAAGAUGAAAAUGGUGACGGACGCCAGGAGGCGUCACGAUUCGACACACUUUUUGUGAGAAAUUAUUCGUGCUCUCGAGAGAGAAAGAGAGAGAGAGAGAGUGAGUUGAUUUCCAGUUUUUAUUGAAUAUUUUACGAUAGAUGUACAAGUUUUAACCGAAUAAGGAGCAGGAGAAAAUAGAUAAAAGGAAAUCAAUUUAUAUCUUAUAAAGCCGCGAUACGUGCAAUUUUUUGAAAGUCAAUUGCGCUUCAUCUCGGUCAUCAGUUGAGAAAAGGAGAACAGAUUGAUCCUUUUACACAAAUUACAUUGAUUACGAUACCUUAUUUAAGAUCUGAGCAACUCCGUGCGCCAAUUAGCAAAUUUGAAAAGUUUGGCAGAGUCGUAUUAUAUUGCGAUUAAAAUAAAAAAGCGUGUCUCGGUCUUCGAGCUGUUUUAAACGAAAAAUUCCCGAAGCGUAAUUAAGAUUUCUAAUAACGCGUUUGUCUAUUUCCCAUUUUCUCCCGCGUUUAAGUUGUGCAGCACAACGACCGAGGAUUGAAAUAAUUUAUUCUUGCCGAGAUAAUAAAACAUUUAUAUUGCCGAAA